AUGUCCACUUCCUCCCGUCCCGUCUCGGCAAUGGGAAAUCUCGGGGGCAGUAGACCUACCACUCCUUCAUAUUCUAGACCGGGGACUCCAUCAGCGGGAUAUGCGAGGGUGGAAGCGUAUACUGGAACCAUCAGCGUUUCUAUUCGUCCCAAUCCGAAAAGUGUGACUAAUGAAUCAGGACAUAAUUGGGAGAUUGAUUCUCGGGAGAAUACGAUUCGGAAUACGUCUGAUGGGACUUGUUUCCCAUUUGAUAAUGUAUUUGACGCCAAUGAAGAAUUGACGAAUAAACAUGUCUAUGAUAGGUGUUGUUAUGGUGUGGUUGAAAAAGUUUUGAAUGAGGGAUAUAAUGGGACUGUGUUUGCGUAUGGGAUGACAGGAUCGGGGAAGACGUUUAGUAUAAAAGGUGUAGAAGGUGAUCCUGGGUUUGUUGAGCUUGCGAUUAAUGAUAUUUUUGAAAAGAUUGAUAAUGGGGAUGGGAAUGGGUUGAUGAAGUAUGAUAUUGGGGUUUCUUAUCUUGAGAUAUAUAAUGAGAAGAUUAUUGAUUUAUUAAAUUCGAAUGCGGGGACAGGGGGGCCGCCCACGGGAGAAUUGAAGAUUAGAGAUGAUCCUGAAUUUGGGAUUAAGGUGAUUGGAUUAAGUUCACCUAGUAUAACUUCGAAAUCUCAAUUAUUGGAACUUAUAAGAAAGGGAGAUUUAAAUAGAAAAACCUCCGCUACUGAUUUCAACGCCAGAUCAUCACGGUCUCAUUCAAUUCUUCAAAUUAAAAUAACUUCCACUAGUUUGAUUUCAAAUACAUCCACAAAGGCAACAUUAUCAUUAUGUGAUUUAGCAGGGUCAGAAAGAGCUUCAACAAGUGUGGAAAGACGGAAAGAGGGUUCAUAUAUUAAUAAAUCAUUACUUGCGUUGUCGAAUGUUAUCAAUAGAUUGUCAUCUUCAAGUUUAGAACAUGUACCUUAUCGUGAUUCGAAAUUAACGAGAAUAUUACAACCGGCCUUAAGUGGAUCUUCAUUAGUGCUGAUUUUGUGUACUAUUCAUAUGGGAAAUAUGUCAGGAGAGACAUAUAAGACAUUGAGAUUUGCUGCUCGUGCGAAAGAUAUUGUGAUUAGUGUUGAGAGGAAUAAGAGUACUAGAGUGAAUGGUGGUGCUGAUGCUAAGAUGAUAAUGGAAUUACAACAGGUGAUUAACCAACAAAGACAAGAACUUGAUGUAUUAAGACAUUCCCAAAGGAGUAUUAGUGAGGGUGGAGGUGACAGCUAUAGGGUUAAUGAAUUAGAAGCAGAAAAUAAAACAUUAAGAGAAAAGAUUGAUCAUUUAACUAGAUUAACUGAUUUAUCCCAAACUGAGACAAUAAUAGUUAAGAAUGAUGUAUUGAAUGAUAUAUUAGGAUCAAGUGGAUUAGAUAAUCCUCAAAUUGUUAUGGCAAAUAUUGAAGAUUUUUAUAAACGAGUUCAAUAUGAAGUUAAUGAAUAUAGAAGUUAUAUUUCUCAAUUAGAAAAUCAAUUAAAAUUAACUCAUCAAAUGAAUAAUUUGACUGAGAAUUCAACUAAUAAUCUUGGAAAUGAUGAAAUACAACAAUUAUUAACCGAUCAAGAAGAAGAGAUAUAUCAAUUAAAAGAACAAUUGAAGGAUAAAGAUCAAAUUAUUAAAGGAUUAUCUAAAACAUCAAGAUUAAGACAAUUAGUUGAUUCUUCUAAUAUUAUGAAUCAUCAUCAUCAUAAUCAUAAUAAUAAUUAUGAUACUAGUAUGAUUGAUUCAAAGAGAAGUAGUAAUUUAUUUUCAAGAGUAAUGAUUGAUAAAGAAAAUAUUGAACCUGAAUUACGAGAAUUUAAAAUAAGUCCAAAGAAAUCAAAACCGGUUAAAGAUAAUAUUUUAAUGAAUAAUACAUCCAAUAAUAUUAUGAUAUAA